AUUCUCCCGGUCAAGGAUUCCUGAGAUACCGGAAGCGAGACUGAAGAUGCUCGUUCAGGACCGGGGUCCGUUCAAUCCGGAUAUGGAGGCGUGGCUAAUUAGCACGUGAUUAGUGUUUGCGCAUGAAGAAGUUAGUAGCAGGUCAUAACCACGGCCCGCCCCGGAUCUGGAGGAAGGAAGAGGUUAUCAGGUCAUAAUCACGUCCGGAGCAAAAAGAUCGGGAGCUUACGGGCUCCAAACGGGAAUCUGCCAAUGGAGGACAGAGCGACUUCUAGAACCUUUUGACCACGCACGAUCCGGGGAACAGGCGAGCGGAGAGCGCACUGGGGAAGGGGGGGAAGAAAGCCCGGAAAAGCACCGACGCGCGAGUCCGCUGUGCAAACCUCACUCGGCCUGCACGACGAGAUGGGCGUCGCCGGCGGGAUCUUACUCUGGAGGGGGCGAGACGCGUUCGCUGGUGCCCUUCCCUCCGACUUCGGAAGCGCUGGAUUUUAAACGCCUCGGUGAUUAAGUAGGCGUUGACUGAAUCCGCAUGAUUCGAGUCUGGAAGGGAAUAGAAUUGCUGACUGGCGGAGCUGCUUUCAGAGGCAGGGAGUACCCGGCAGUUUAAUAUCCCCAAAUCGGAGCCGAGGAGGGAACGAAGAGAAUCGUCUGCGGUAGAUCAAAAGGACUGAAGCGAGAGUGGGUAGAGAUCAGCAGAGUACACUUGCCGAUUCAGUCUUGGAGCAGAGCAGAGCAGAGCCGCGCAGCAGAUCCAGAAGCUAGCACUACCGUCGUCGAGCAGCAGCGGAGUCGGAGUCGGAGUCGCUCGAAAUCAUGGCAGCUGCGAAGAAGAAGGUAGUGGUAGUGGGAGGAGGCGUUGCGGGCAGUUUGCUCGCGCACGGUCUGGAGAACGAUGCGGACGUGACGCUCGUCGACCCCAAGGACUUCUUCGAGGUUCCGUACUCGCAGCUGCGAUCGACCGUGGAACCGUCCUUCGCAGACCGCUCGCUGGUGCUGCACACCGAUUACCUGAAGAAGGCGAAAUUCGUCCAAGCCUCGGCCGUCAAAGCCACGGAGUCGGAGCUCACCACCGAUACGGGCGAGAUCAUCCCAUUCGACUUCCUCGUCGUGACCACGGGCACCACCUUCCGCGGCGUGAAGACGAAAGCCGAGCGCCUCCAGCAGUUCGAAGCGGAUCACAAGAAAAUCGUCGAAUCUCAGAACAUUCUCAUCAUCGGAGGGGGCCCGGUCGGCGUGGAGUUGGCCGGCGAGAUUCUUCAAGACUUCCCCAAGAAGAAGGUUACCCUAAUCCACAGUGGCGACCGCCUGAUUCAGUUUUUGGGACCGAAGGCUUCCGAGAAGGCUGAGAAGUGGCUCAAAACGAAGGGAGCCGAAGUUAUCUUGAACGACCGUGUCGAAAUUGAAGGCCUGGCGCCUCCUACCUACGUGACCAAGGGUCAGAAGCAGAUCAAGGCCGAUGCGCACUUCGUAGCGGUGGGCAAGAAGCUGGGCAGCGACUGGCUCCUCGAGUCCCCGAUUCUCAAGGACAAGGUGACCAACGAGGGCCGGCUGCAGGUCGAAGGAACUUGCCUCGUUACAGGACUGACAAACGUGUUCGCCGCGGGUGACAUCACCGAUUUCAAGGAGAUCAAGCAAGGGUUCACCGCGGCCAACCACGUUGCGACCAUCAUUUCCAACAUCAAGAAAUUGACCAAAAACCCUGCCGAUAAGAAGCUGGUCGUGUACAAGGCGCUAGAAAAGCCAUUUGGCAUCGUCUCCUUGGGACGAGUGGACGCCGUCGCCCAACUCCCUUUCGCUACCAUCAUCGGGUGGGUACCCGGGAAAUUGAAGAGCAAGGAUCUUUUCGUGGGUAAGGCUCGGGGGGAUCUAGGAAUCAAAGCGAAAUGAUGACCACCGACUGCUCGGACGCCCGUCUUCUCUCGAGUUCUUGAUUCUCAUCGUGCACCUUCGGUGCUCCCUCCACAUCCUUGAUACCGUGCGGUCCCGGCUGUGUCUUGGGUAUACUACUGCGAGAUUAGUACUCUGUCACUGAAAAAGCCGAUCAAAAAUAGGAAUAUGUGUUUCAUACGGUACGCAGAGGUUGACUUUUUUACCAUAGUAAGGUAGUUCGCUUCAAGAAUUCUAGAUCUCCGUUGCACAAGACUAGUUUUACAUCAAGUUGUAGAUUCUGAAGUGGUCUGUAAAGAUUGUCAUAGCUGUAAAUCAUUUUUUAAAGCAACUUCGCAUACUUGUUUCUCUUGCACA